UGCUUUCCUCAGGGUUAGCGAGCACACGGUUUUCUCAGAAGACCGAAUUUCCUCCCUCAGUGGUGCGGAGUCUGGAGAUGCAAGGGGAAGCUUGCUUGGACAGCCCUCAGCCGAAGAGAGCUGGCAGCCCAGGGAGGAGCUGUGGGAAACCAGUGACUGCGGAGUGUCCCCGCCGCCGCCGCUGCUGGUCAGACUCUCCCCCGCGCCCGCAUGUGUGUGGCAGACACUGGUGUGCAGUCCACACAACAUUCUCAGAGCAGGUGUCUCUCACCCCCUUAGCGGGUGAGGAGACGGGCUCGCUGAGGCCGAACGGUCCGUCCCAUCCGGCACCAGCCCGGAAGCCUCGAGUUGCCCCCGCGUGCCUGGCUCUCGGCUCGAGCUCGGAAUCAGCUGAGUGGUUUCCCUCCCCACUGGUGCUGGAGAAGGCAGAGGAGCAGCUGGCUUCUCCGGGCGGGGAAGUCUUUUCGAAGAGGAUACAGGAGAAGGCAGGUUUGAGGGAGGAGGAAAACACGGCACGGGAAGGAGAGCGCAUGGGACAGCAUGGCAGGGCUGGCUGGAUGAUGCAGAAACCAUACCCCUGCCCACCAAAAGGACGCACGUGCUAUGGCUACUUAAAGGUAUGGACACCGAAUACAGAUCAAUGUUUCACUGAGGACAUGAGAAUCUGGGACCAUGUAAGAAGUGGGUGGAGCUAA